AUGAACUCCAGCAGAGAAGGGGUUCAUCUCAGCAGCUGGGGCGAUUUUGGUAUUCACUCCCUGCUCCUGAUACUGGCGCUGCUCCAAUCAGAAGGCUUCCAGACAUCCUCUCAGGCGCUCUCCCUGACUCACUUGGCUGCUCCGGUCUUGCACUCCCUUUCCUGGAUCUACAAGGAGCUCCCUGUGAAAUGGAGUUGGAACUGGGUGUUGGUGAACAUUUCCUUACUAUGUGUCUUUUCAGUUCUUCUCAGGGACCUCUUCAUCUUGCAAGUUGUAGGGCUCGUGUUCACUUACAACUUUUCUAAUUGUAACUUCAAGGAGAUUUCAAAUAUAUAUUCUGAAGCAAUUUACCCUGACCUGCGUAAAUAUUUGAAUGGGAGCCCGUUCGACCAAAUCGAGUUCUGUGAAAACUUGACAGAUUGUCUCAUGAAAAUCGAGUACCAUACUCUCAAUCCUAUCCCUGGCUGCCCGUCACUCCCCGAGAAAACAUUCGCGCUGAGAACGAAAGGAACCCUCACUAAACAUUGCCCAGGAUACAGUGAAACUCAGAGAAACAAUACCCUGGACAUGAAGCAAGACGUCAAAAGCAUCUGCCUAAAUCAAACCUCACAAAUACAGUGGUUGUGGUUUUCUCUCGUUCAAAUUCCAGAGUAUUAAACUCACCUUUCAUUUUAGAGUAUGGACAUAUAUUGUGGUUUUAGUAGGUAUAGUACUAAGGGUGUGACAUUUAAAAGAACACUAUUGUUUAAUCUUCAAUUGCAGCAGGGAUUCUUAACUUAUUUAUGGCAAACUGCUAUUGUUUAGUGUAGAUGCUUUGAUGGGAGAUGAGCGCGGCCCCUCCAGUGUCAAUGGAAAUGCCUGUCCUGUUAAUGACCACCUCCUGAGCAGGGUCUCUCCUCUGGGCCUGCAGAUACCUACUCCAGGGCAAGCCUAAAGUGUAGUCGGGAAGGGAACUGGAGGUGGGAAACAAGUUGGAACCAAUGACAGCAUCUAAACCCUGUUUAAAAGCAACACCGUUUCUGUCUGUAAUGAUUCUCCUAACAUUCUUAUACUAAAAUGUUACUAAGAAGAAAAUGAGAGCAAAGGAAGUUAUGCAAGCAGUUACUGUUACAGUGAAGCAGUCUGAAAGAAGCUUCCGAAACUUCCCAGUCACUGCCGUGGCUGCACUGUAAAUCCAGCUGUGGAAAAUGUCUGUCAGGCAAGAGGGGCUACGGGAGCAGAUCAGAUCCUAAAGUGCCUUUGUCCGGCUACGAGAUUUAUAUUUAAAGUUGUAUAUAUUUCUA